CAACAAUUAAUGGUCAGUUUGGUGGGAGAUUGUCCUCCGAUCGGAUUUGGAUAUAAAAGUAAAUUGUUUCUCGAUAAUCAACUAUCACUUUCAAUCAAUCCAUUUCUUGAUCAACAUCUAAAGUCCAACAAUCAAAAACUAAACACCAACAAUGAAGGUCAUCGCCUUAUUCGCACUCAUUGGUUUAGCCACCGCCGGUUACGCUCCAGCCAACAUCGCCAACACUGGAUCAUCAGUUUCCACCCGAACUCAAGAUUCCGUUGGUAAUUACGCUUUCGCUUACACAGAAAACCAUGCCACCGGUGGUACAUCAAGAAAGGAACAAGGAAACGCUUAUGGCCAAGUUGUUGGAUCUUAUUCACUCGGUGUUAUCGACGGUCGUCAACGAACUGUCAACUACGUAGCUGACCCAGUCCACGGUUUCCGAGCUCAAGUUAUCACCAACGAACCAGGAACCGCUCCAACCACCCAAAACACCGCUGCUACCGUUUCAGCUCCAUCAGCUCCAAUUGUCGCUGCUCCAUCAUACUCAGCACCAGUUGCUUACGCUCCAGCACCAGUCGUCACUAAAAUCGCCGCUCCCGCAUACCAUGCUCCAUUAGCUGCCCCAGCUUACUCAUAUGCCCCAGCCCCAGUUGUCACCAAAAUCGCCGCCCCAGCUUACGGAUACGCUCCAGCUCCAAUCGUCGCUAAAGUAGCUGCCCCCGCUUACUACCAAGCACCAAUCCCAAGCUACUCAUACGCUCCAGCUCCAGUCGUCACCAAAAUCGCCGCUCCAGCUUACGGAUACGCUCCAGCCGUUUCAGCCCCAGCUCAUUAUUCAUCAUACGUCAGCCACGCCGCUCCAGUCGUCACCAAAGUCGCUUCACCAGUCUACCAACAACACUACUAAUUAAUUAAAUUAAUUAAUUAAUAUCAAUUAUAUAAAAUCUAAUCUAUUUUUUUUAUUCUUCGGCUCGAAAAACUCCAAAGGACAUAUCAUUUUAACACCGAUGUUUUGUUUUCAGGAAUAACUUUAAUUUUUUAUUUCUGUACUAAUUUAAUUGAAGCCAUUUCAGAAAAAGCAAUUAAGAAAAUAAAUCAAAGUUUUUGAUUACAAAAAAA